UAGAGUAUUUCUUUCGUCAUAAUCUAUCUCCAAACUACCAGCCUCCUCUUCCCUUGAACCAUCCACCGUUCCUCUGCCCAUGCUCCCCCUCAAGCACUUAUCACCCGCCAUUCUCCCUUCUCCUUCCACAAAAUUGACUGUUAGCUCUCUCUCUCUCUCUCUCUAACCAAAAUACACAGUAGCUAGCCAUGAACACUCUCCAUCACUACUCACUUUCUCUCACUCCUUUUCCAUGGACGAAGUCAUCCCUCUUUCACCCUCUCUUGACUCUCUCCUUAUAACCUCUCCCCUCCCGCCAUCCUCCUCCUCCUCCUCCUCAUCUCAUCAUGCCAAUCAAGAACCACCAUCGCCGCCUGGUACAUCCAUCUCGUACCGUGUCCGCGUUUUAGUGAACAAUUCGACCCCCUCCACCACGAGAUAUGACAUUUUCCCUUGCAUUGUCAUUCUCCUCACUUUCUGCUUCUUCGCUUCUCUGGUAUCAAUUGUUGGCAUCUUUGGCUCGGUUGAUCUUGUGUUGGGUCCUAAUUGCUCUAGGCUCGUGCAGGCCAAUACCUUCUUCGUGCAAGACGUAGAGGUGAAAACAGUUGGAGAGACUGGACAUGGUGUUGCUAUGCUCUAUGCAUUUCCCAAGCCUCCACCACUUGAUGUACAAACUACAUGGUCAGAAAACUAUGAUGUGUCUAUCCCCGCAAAUUUCCACAAGGAAUGGAUAUAUUAUCUCAAUGAUAAAGCACAAAUUAAUAUCUCUUACACUGUGAAAGCUAACACAUCUCAGCCUUUGAUCCUUGUUGUUGCCCAAGGUAGUGAAAGCCUAAAUCAAUGGCUCGAGGACCCAUCCCAUCCAAGUACCCAGCUAUCUUGGAAUCUAAUAACUGGAAAUGAUACGAUCCAGCUGAACGUUGAAAAGCCUUCUGAUUACUAUAUAGCUGUUGGCAAUCUCAACGAACAAGAAAUGGAGGUUCGCUUAGAUUUUAGAUUUCAGACUCUCUUGUACAAUACUACAGGAGCACAUUACAAGUGCUUUUUAGGCCACAGUUUAUGUGUUUCGAGGCUGUUCUUUCUGAGUGAGAGUGUUGCAAUCCUAACCACAUCUGGACCACAACAGGAUGCAAAGAACGAUGAAUGGUAUGUCAAACUAUCGUAUGGCCCACGGUGGACAUCCUACAUUAUCGGUUCAGGUGUGAUAACUACAGUGUUUCUGUUGACCCUCAAGAUCAUUUUACUUCUAUGCUCCUUGAACGGUGUUAGUCAACAGAAUACAAAUAUCACAACAGAAAGACGCCCCCUCUUACCAAAUAAGGACAAUGAUUCUUCAAGCUUGGGGUCAUCAUAUGAUUCUGUUUCCAAUGGUGACGAUGUUGAAGAACCUCUCACUGUUUCGUCGAAGUUGGUAAAUGAGGGAGAAGCUGAUGAAACCUGUCGACUUUGUGCAAUUUGUUGUGAUGCUCAGAGGGAUAGCUUCUUCCUGCCUUGUGGGCAUUGUGCAACAUGUUUCACUUGCGCAACAAGGAUAGCGGAUGAGGCGGGUGCUUGUCCCAUUUGCCGGAGGAGGAUGAAGAAAGUGAGGAAGAUAUUUACAGUCUGAGUGAUGCAGGUUUGAUAUCUAGUACAGGAUGCAGCAACACAGCAUCAAAGAUAGGAGAAGGUGAUUGCGCAGACGCCAGCGAUUGAGAUUUUCUUGUUAUGUGAAAUCUUAUGCACUUAGAAUUUAGCAGCCAACGGUAUAUACCUAUGUUGUUGCUUAUCUUGAAACUUGUAUUAAUAUAAAUUUAUUGGCAAAGAAGUGAAAAACAAGAAGAAGAGCAAGAAAGAAGGGGAUAA